UCACGGUGGCGUCAAAAAGCCAAAGUGGAGCCCUGAUCACCAAUGUCGCAUGACAUCACGAUUCAAUUAAGUAUCUAUACGACCAAAACAAACCCAGCUUGAGCAUAACGCAAGGGAACUGAAGGAAAAGACAGUGAUGUAGUGGAAUUUGACGACCUCUUCUAAGAGAAAUACCGUAGAUUUACUUUAGACAAAUAACAUCACUAGACAUGGACUACGGAUUUGUUCCACAGGGUGGCAGUGCCAUCUACAUGGAUCCCUCAGUAAUCCGAAAUGCAGCGAACCCAACACCAGACGGAUUCCCUUUGGAUACAAACUUUGAAAUUGCUGAUUUACCAGUUAAACUAGAACUUCGAUACGCCAUUGAAUCUAAACGUGCUGCUAACGGACUUGAGUGCCCAAAGACGGAAUAUAAACCAAUGAACAAGAAAAAUGACUUGACAGAAGACGAGAUGAAUCGUAGAAAAGUUCGUCGGAUGAGAAACAAAAUUGCUGCCUCAAAAUGCCGAAUGAAAAGAAAACAGCAUGUUAAUGAAUUAAUGACGGCGUCAGAAGAACUCGAAUCAGCUAAUAGCCAACUAGAAUCAGACAUCGCAUGUCUACAUGCCGAAAUCUCACAACUCGAGCAAAUGCUUCAGGGACAUAAAUGCAUUGCGCAUGGUAAACUUGGAGAAGACCGCGGACAAGCAUGAACCGUAAGCCACAUCAAGUCAGGGUAACAUCUUGAAUCAACUUAAAGUUAAGAGAAAACUACUUAUCACCUAAAAUAAUCCAUUAUUAUUUAUCUAUUUUUCAAAGUAGUAUAAUGCUAAAAUGCCAAUGCAUGUUUUUAAUGUAUUUUUUUUUAAUUUAUAAACACACACUUUAAUAUAAAUUGUAUUUUGAUAAACACUUAUGCUACCUUAUAAUAUUUUUACUUUUAUAAUUUCCCGAGGAAAAUAAUUAGAUCACGGCAUAAUUCAAUUCAUCUUAACUAACGUAAAAUAUUGU